UUACUGACUGUAGAUCACAGUGUUGUUCCGGCAGUGUGUUUUUAGUGUUAGACAAGUGUGGAUACAUACGUCCGUCCUCCAAUCAUACUCCAGGAUCAUAGUUAUCGAUUAUCUUGAAUGUUUAUGUAUCAUAUUCAUCAUGACCCCGGAAAGGUCACCGCGCAAUUAUUCUCACUGAGGUCAUGGUGUCAUUGCGCAUAUUGCAUAUGUCAGUUGACAAGCGACCGGGGAGUUUAACACACUGAAGUGAAAAUAACACUAGGAAUAAUGUCGAGAAGAAAACAAUCUAACCCAAAGCCGUUAAAACGUCAAUCUGACAGCGAGGAUGCCGAUGACGAUAUGGAAGAAAAACUAGGGUCAAAUGACGAAGAUAUUUUAGAUAAGGUGUCUCCUGGCGAGUAUACUACACUGAACCCUACAUCUCCGGUUACGGACAGUGACAAUAGUGUUGACCGGAAAUACCCCUCCACAUCGUCAGGCAACAAUGACGUCACAUCCGAUAUAUCAAAUGAAAGAGCAACUGACAAUUGUGUAUCUCCUUCAGAACUUGAUUUCCUCAAAUCUCUGAGUUUCCCGAGUGAUAUCCUUAGCCUAAGGAAGGUUGAGGGUGAUGAGGCACUCCGCGUUGGCCGGCCCUAUGUUGUGUGUACCGCUAUUCCCCUACAGAAAGGCAGUAGUAUUGGUCCAUUUCUAGGGGAGCACGUGUCACUAAGUUCUGUCCGGCAAGGUGACCUCGUCCUACAGGCCCACAGCGAGGACGGCGAGCCGACUUUCAUACGGGUGUUAGAAAGAAGCGGAGCCUGGCUGUCCUUUCUUCGUCCUGUUUUUGCACAAUCCGAGUGCAAUGCUUCUGUAUUUUUUGAAGGAGGAAAGAUCUGGUGUCAAAUGAUCGAAGAUCUGCCCGAGAAUACCGAAGUGAUGGCUUCCUUCAGCGCUCUGACCUGUAAGGAGGAGUCUGUACAGGAAAGCAAGGACGAGGAUGUGGAUGUGGAGAAAAACUUGAAAUCAGGAAUGUGUAGUCCAACAAAACGUAUGUCUGAUGUCUCCUCCUCCUCCUCUCCCUCCUCAGCAGCCCCCGCCAAACCAAGCCCAAGUCACGCGGCGCUGUUAUUCGGCUGUCCUUACUGCGGGGUCCGCUUUAGCAGUGGUCGAACCUUGGACGGACACCUUACCUAUUAUUGUUCAAAGAAACCACAAGACUUCUCUGUAGCAACAAAAGCAGUGGAUCAAGAACAACCAUCACCCAGAUCCUGUGAUGACGGGACAGAACAAUGUGCUGAACGAAAGAGAAAGAGUCCGUCAACACCGGAUAGCCAGAAAGAAUUUUAUGUGAAAACGGAACCCGAAUCUCCGGGAACCAGGUCUGCGACGGAAAGUCCGCCGUCAAAGAUGGCUAAACUUGUGGAGCACUACAAGUGUUCAUUCUGUUCUUACACUGCUGACAAAAUGUCCAGUUUGAAUCGCCAUAUGCGUAUACAUAAUAGAGGAGGUCGAUCUCAGACAGAACCCCGCCCAGAGAGUGUACCAGUGCCAAAGUACGAAACUUAUUGUAAACACUGUAAUAUCCAGUUUUCGUCCGUCAGUACAUUUAACUGCCAUAAAGAAUUUUACUGUUCGCGGAGGUCAGGUAGCAAUGACGGCACAGAAAAUGGUAGUGAUAAUAGUUCACCAUCCCCAAACCCCAGUGCAAUUUCUCCUAUAUCGCGAGCUUCCAUUAUGGACUCGGCAGAGUUGGCGAGGCUACACGGGUUCAUGGGUAACUCGCCAUUCAUACAUGGACAAACAAGGGUAAUCAUAGGACCUCCAAUUGUUGCGCCAGAAGGAGUGUCCGGGAUGCCAACUGUUAUUGUGCAGCCUGUCGUGUCACAGAUAUCUUCGUCAGAGUCUACAGAGCCAGCUGUUGUUUCUACGAGUCGACGAGAUUGUGAUCUGAGUACCACCUCAUCAACUGAACAACCUCUUGACCUCACUACACCUAGAAAGCAAACUGAGAGUUCAGAGGAGCACUCAGAUAUCGUGAAAUCUGAACCGAAAAGUCCUAACUCUCCUCUUAACUUAAAAUCACCAAAAAGUCAGGCGUCUGAAUCACCACACUUGCGGGAAGAAAGGGAAACAACCCCUGUUACACAACCGAUUGUGUCCCCUGCUUUAGUACCACCGUUACUGCCAGUCACACAACAUCCUUUUUUCAACAACAAGCCAGUUCCUCAGGUACCUGCCUCGGUUAGCAAGUGCAUUGACUGCAAUAUAGUGUUCUACAAGCAUGAAAACUAUCUCAUUCACAAAAAACACUAUUGCUCCGGCAGGCGUAAUAGAACUUCUUCACCGGGUACCAGUAGCGAGGAUUCUGUCGGCGCGGCCUCAACCCCGGGUUCAAAAUCUGUUGAGCUCGAAAGUAACAAACGAGCUCGUCAUUACUCUUCCGAAACAGAAAUUUCGGAUAAGUGUUCACACAAAUCAGUCAGUCCAGUAAUUCAAAGCCCAAAGUCGGACAGCAAGCUCUCGCCUGAUGCUUCAAGACCAUCGUCUAUCCCAGAUGAAAUCCUGUAUCGCUUUUAUUGUGUUCCGUGUAAAAUAAAGUUUAGUUCCUCCAGCACGCUUAAAGCACACAAAAAGUUCUACUGUCCUCAUGGACAGGAAAGUGAACAAACUGUACUACCUAAAAAACCAUUGGAAGAUCGUGGGAACUCUCCUGUUAUCGACGACGGCGGAAAUUUUAAAUGUGAUAGGUGUGAUAGCAGUUUUAUCUCUGCUAGACUACUCAAGUUGCAUUUCUGUACCGGCAUCACGACAGCUACGCCCCUCAUGCGCUGUCCAUACUGCGACUUUGUAACACACACGGAUGUACGUAUCUCUGACCAUAUGAAGGUCCAUAUGCCGAGCAAGGCUUACCGAUGUACAUUGUGUGGUUACCGAGGAAAUACGGUCCGUGGCAUGCGUAUGCACGGCAAAAUGCAUGUAGACAGUGGAGAGGAGUUUGCCGACGAGAAUAUGAUAGAGAUUGAGGAGCCACCUUUAUUGCCAGUAAAGGCGAGACAUAUCACAGAAAACGGCCCAAUCAAUAUGGAAGCUGAGCUGAUUAGACUGAAAAAUGAGCCAUACAAACGCAGACGCUCACGCAAAUCAUACGAGAAAAGUGAAAAUAUGGUUAUUCCGUCUGAGCGUCCGAUUGUAAACGCGUGUGCUCUCUGUGGCCAAACUUUUACCGAUCUAAGAAGCUUUGCGUUGCAUAUAAGAAUGCAUGAGGUAGCUGCCCUCCAGGCCGCGGCUGCUAACAGUCUCAAGUGCCAGUUCUGUGAGGAUCUGUCAGAAAACUUUGAUGAUCUUAUGAAACAUAUACAAAGUAAACACCCGGACAAAUUUAUAUUCGAUCAUAGCAACAAUAUGUCGAAACCAGAGUCAAGGUCGGAACACACAUCUAGAUCAAAUUCACGUGCAAGCUCUGCAAACUCGCACCCUGAUAGUGUCAACCAACCAGCGUCUAGUCUAUCACCAACUGGCAGUCAUCGUGAUAGUAACUCAAACAUAGUGGAUAUCAAGCCGGAACCGUCCGAAAAUGGAUACGGGUCUCCAAUGAGUGACUCUCACAGCAAACAAAGCAUCAAAGAAGAACCGCAAGAUUUUUCCGAUAAUGCUUCAAAUAGAUCGAGCGUCCACUCGCCGAUGAGUGACUCGAAAAUAAGGGAGAAUGACUCCUUCAGGGAUGAAGAGACUGACAAACAUUUAAUCUCUGCUUCAGUGAAAAGAUCUGAAAAGAAAUCUCCAAGUCCAGUAACAUCGCGGUCAUAUUCACCUGUGAUGAAGCAACCUUCUCCAAGUUUAAAGAAAUCUCCCACACAGAAUAAUGACUCAUUUGUCCAGCCGUUGAACGUGCCUGUUCUAGACUCCUCUCAGAUGCUACCAUAUUACCACCUCCUUCCAGGCGUAGGGCCCAUGCCACGUCUCGUUCCCUUGGCAACGUCUCCUCCUACCUCCGGUUGCACGCCCCCAGAUUCCCGGUCGGAGAACUCGGGACCACAGUACUGCAGACAUUGUGAUAUUUCAUUUAAAUAUUUUGCAACUUUUCUAGCCCACAAAAAGUACUAUUGUACGGCACGUCCGAGUGAGGAGUUAAGUUCGCCAACACAGGCAUGAAUCUCGAGAAAAGAGACAUAUUUAACAUUAUGUGCCAUUGACGCUAACCAUAGUGCUAUUUUACAUCGUUAUUUUACAUACGGUCCCUUAAUGACACGACCUAUUAGUGCUAUACAAACACUGCCAGUACGGACGGAUAUAUUGUACAUUCCAUAACACAUCACACCUUAUGUAGAAAUUCGUACCUUAUGUUUUACUUUAUCCAGAAAUAGCUGUAUCUGAUUUUCUGGCCGUAAAGCCACCCGUCUGUGUACAUACAGUAACUAGCUAGUCAAGUAGGAACAGUGAGAUGAACAGUGUCUGCAGUAUUUGUGUGUAACGUAGUGCCCUAUCUAGUCAAACUUUUGUAUUUAUUAUGCAGGACAAAUGAACCGCAUCUUUUAUAACAUAUAAUACCUUUUCGUUCUUUUCAUAUCGUCUUUAAAAGCUUAAAUAGUAUAUAGUACAUAACAAUUUCCACUGUCUUAUUAUAUCAAAUAUUUAUAAAAUAAUCGAGGUAGUUUGUUGAACGAACAUUUCAUAAUUUCAAUUAUUAUACAAAUAAAUGUAAUGACGUUAACUCGUCAUUACAGCAUUAGCGCA